UCGGAAGUUUCGGAAGCGCCACACAUUCGGUCGCACCAUGUUUGUGGCUACGCUGACGCUGCUAGCGCUGAUCGCUUCCGUAGCGUUCUACGUGUACGUGGAACGGUUUAGCAAAAUUCUGAAGCACAGCGGCAAACUUGGAGGUCCCCGUGCUUAUCCACUGAUUGGUAAUGGGUUGCUGUUUGCUGGCAAAACGCCCGCGGAAUUUUUGCAGACCGUAGGACGCCUCAUCCAGCAGUAUGGCAAGUGCUUCCGGAUUUGGCUCGGCACGCAGAUGCUGAUCGUGAUUACGGAACCGAAAGAUGUUGAGGCUAUUUUAAGCAGCAACAAGUACAUUGAUAAAUCGAUCGAGUACGACUUCAUCCGUCCCUGGCUGGGGGAAGGUCUUCUCACCAGCACCGGGCGCAAAUGGCACACCCACCGGAAGGUGAUCACGCCGACGUUUCACUUCAAAAUACUGGAACAGUUUGUGGAGAUAUUCGAUCAGCAGAGCAGCACGUUCGUGCAGGUGCUGGCGGCCCAUGCCAAGUCGGGCGACACGUUCGACAUCUUCCGGCCGGUGACGCUGUGCGCGCUGGACGUUAUCUGCGAAACCGCCAUGGGUACGAAGGUCAACGCACAGCUCAACACGGAAUCGGAGUACGUGCAGGCGGUAAAGGACAUCACCAACUUGGUGCAGAUUCGAUUGUUUAACUUUCUGAUACGGUAUGAGAUUUUCUACCGCUUCUCGGCGAACCGUCGCAAGCAGCUGGAAGCGCUUAAGGUGCUGCACGGAUACACGGACAGUGUGAUUAAGAGCCGCCGGGAGGAGUUGAACCGUGCUGCCGGGAGCGGCAAGAACACCGUUGUCGACGAGAACGAGAACGAGCUGGGUAUUAAGAAAAAGAUGGCCUUCCUGGAUAUGUUGCUGCAGUCGAAGAUCGAUGGCCAACCGCUGACUGAUUUGGAGAUACGCGAGGAGGUCGAUACGUUCAUGUUUGAGGGGCACGAUACGACCACGUCUGCGAUAAGCUUUUUGCUGCAGAAUCUAGCAAAGCAUCCCGCAAUUCAGCAGAAAGUGUUUGAUGAGGUGAGGAACGUGGUGGGCGAUGAUCGUACGCGCCCCGUUACCAUAGCGAUGCUGAACGACAUGCACUAUCUGGAUCUGGUGAUCAAGGAGACGCUUCGGCUGUACCCGUCGGUGCCAAUGUUUGGGCGUAAAAUGAUGGAAGAUGCUGAAAUAAAUGGAAAAGUGUUUCCCGCUGGGUCGAAUACGAUCAUACUGCCGUUCUUCCUUGGCCGCAAUCCCGAAUUCUUCCCAAACCCGGAGAAGUUCGACCCGGAGCGAUUUAACGUGGAAACGUCGGCCGAAAAGACGAACCCCUACCAGUACGUUCCGUUCAGUGCUGGGCCGCGGAACUGUAUCGGGCAAAAGUUUGCGGUGGCUGAAAUUAAGAGUCUGGUGAGCAAACUGUUGCGCAACUAUGAGAUACUGCCGCCGGUGGGCCGGUACGAUGAAACGUUUAUUGCCGAGCUAAUCCUGCGGCCCGAGAAGGGAAUUUACGUGCGAUUGCAGCCACGCGUGUACUAGGAGCGGUGCAGGGUGAUGGUUGGUAGUUGAGAGUAUUAACGAAUGGAUGGCGAGCUUGGUAGAAAAAAAAAAACAUUGCAAAACAGAGCCAAAUUGUGUAAAACUUAACAAUAGAUUUUUAGACGCAAAGUUGAAUAAACCUUAACACAUUUGUGUAAAAAAUCCUCAUUCGAUUCA